AUGAAUCCAGAAGGCGAGACCGGAGGAAGAGGAGAAGGAAGCGAUGGGGCGGAAUGGCUGGCCCAGAGUGCAGCGACUGCGAAAACGAGGCUGGGAACAGCGCUAGGGCGGAGAGAUAACAGUCGCGGGGCGGGGGAGAGCGGUGGUUUCGAGAACGAGGCUAGGGGUCUUGGGGGCGGGGAAGAGAGCCGCGAAAGCGAGGCUGGAGGAGGAGAUAGAAGAAUUACGCGGAGAAAGCUCAGCGCGUGCCAUGUGUGUAAGGCUGGUUCCUUGAGCGGGAGGGAAGUGGUCUUAGAGGCCAUCUCUGGGACACCGUGGAGCAGGCGGUGUUCCGGGGUUUCAGACCCUGGUUGUGUAACCACUGAUAUGGCUAAGAAAAAUGAUUCUUCAUUUUCUGAUGUUGUAAAAGAAGUCAUAGAGCAACAGCAAUCUCAAACAUCUGAAAUAGAGAAAAAUAAAAAAGUUCUGAUCCAAUUGCAGAAUGAAGUCCGUGAGCUUGAGAAACAAAUGGGAUCUGUCAUAGCAGAGACCAAAGAAACAGAAAAGCAUAUUUAUCAACAAGAAAGUGAAAUAGAAAAAGCCAAGUCUCACUAUCAAAGCCUAGAGGCUCAAAUCAAAUCCUUACAUGCAGAAAAUGUAAAGCUCAAAUUUUCCAUAGAAGUAGCACAAGAAGAGUUUGAGGAGUAUCUUACAAGAAAUAAUGCAUAUGAUGAGAAGAUAAGAGUAUAUAAAGAAAGUAUUGCUGAGGUAGAAAAUAAAUGGCCUUUUAUGAUUAAACUGCAUCAGAAAAAGGAACAAGUUAAAAAAUUAAUGAAAAAGAAAGAAGAACUUUUCCAUGAUCUCCAAAAUCCAGAUGGAAACAUGAUAAAACAAGCACAGGAAGAAAUUAUGAAUCUAAAAGAUAAAAUUAUAACUGUAGAGGCAUCUAUCUCCACAAAAACUAGUUUGCUGGAGGAAGAGAAAAAUGUACAUGAAAAAUUGAGAAAAGAAAUAGAGGUACAAAAUAAAAGGUAUGAUGCUAUUUUAAAGCGCCUACAUUGUCAGGUGAACAAGCUUCAGGCAAACAGAAGACAAUGGCAAUGGAAUAUUCAACAGAUGGAAAAAACUGCAGAGGAACUAAGAAGAUGCAUAGGAAUGAGAAAAUAA